CCGGACAGCAUCGACAACGCCACGGCCGGUGACCAUGGCUCGGCGACCCAUUAUCUUGGCGGUGAUCGUCCUUAGGAUCGUCCUCCCGGUCCUCCUGCUGUCGCUGGUGCCGCGCGGUACCUGCGCAAGUGACUUUGUGGCGAUUCGGAGCGUCGACGCGAACCGCACGCUGCUCUGCUGGGCCAUAAAGCUGUCGCCGGCGGCGUUCGUUGGCGAGGCCGAGUGUGUCCGCCAUCAGCGAAGGAACCAACUGGUGAUGAUCUACGGCGAUGCGCGACCGGAUCGUCGUGCCACGCACGGCUUGCGGCGGAAGUUGACAACCCUGCGCCGGCCCCCGUGCAGCAACCGGAUCCCCGCAAUCGCCCUGCAUACGGUCCAUUCGGCCAACGGUGGCGGCAAUCGGUCCGCCCUCGGACUGACCGUGCGAAACUUCAUCGCCUCGUACAGUAUGCUACGAAGUUCACGGGAACUGGAGCAUGCCGAGGGCGUUUGUCGCGAGUGCCGAGUGCUGGGCAUUCGCCGGCAGCUACCGUGCGACGCGGAUCCGGACACCGUGGUGCUGUAUCCCGACUGUCUCCAACAGGUCGAGGGUCUCGGUCAGGGGGGAAAGCGCUGGGAGCGGGAUCAAGCCAGGAACCGCGACACCUGGAUGUGGCACUUUCGACGGAGACUUCAGAGCACGCUAUACGCGGAUCUCGAGCGCAAACGACAGCAGCGGAUGGAGAUGCUGAGGUUCAUUACGACCCGGCACUGACGGCGUUCCGGGGCGUAGAAUGUUGCAACUACGGUGAAGUGCACAAUAAAUACCACUGCCCGAUGACGAUCGUUUAGCUGGCGCAGGUGUGGUCCCGUUGCUUGAACGAUCGGAAUAAAGUCCCGCUAGUGUUGGGUGUCCGGUUGUCCGGCGAAACUCAUCGCCACAAACGG